AUGGACGUCUUCCUCGAUAUAUGUGACACCUUCUUUUUCGACCGGCUGUAUGCCACCAUCUUACCACGUCAAAACUUUCCCAGCAACAACACUCUACAUGAGUUAGGAGUUGAAGCACACAAUCAGCAUGUCCGGUUAUACUACCCUCUUCAACCAUCUCAAUGGGCAGCAUCCAGCUCUUGGAGACGAGACGAUCUUUCCAGGCAGGCAUUAUCUCUGUUUUUGAUUACAUGGCUCUUCGGCGUGCUCAUGUACUUCCUCGGCAGCACCCUACUCUACCACACAAUCUACAACAAAUCCCUCCUCAAACACCCAAAAUACCUGCCUCACCAAACCCGCCUCGAAAUCGCUCAAAGCAUGUUCGCAAUGCCCAUCAUGGCCAUCCUGACCGUCCCCUUUUUCCUGGCUGAAAUCCACGGCUGGACGAAACUCUACGAUUUCCCUUCCACCGCAAACCCCAACAUUCAAACACCAUUGAACAUGCCCUGGAAAGUAUGGACAAUCCUGCAAUACCCCCUUUUCAUCUUGUUUACGGACACUGGAAUCUACUUCAUCCACCGCCUCCUCCACCACCCUUCAAUCUACCGCUUCAUCCACAAACGGCAUCAUAAAUGGAUCAUUCCAACGCCGUACGCCAGCUACGCAUUCAAUCCUGUGGAUGGAUGGGCUCAGAGUUUGCCGUAUCAUGUUUUCCCGUUGUUGUUUCCACUGCAGAAGUGUGCUUAUCUGGGAUUGUUUGUGGGUGUGACCGGGUGGACUGUCUUUAUUCAUGAUGCGGAGUACUUGCCGUAUUCAAAAGCGAUUAAUGGCGCGGCGUGUCAUACGAUGCAUCAUCUUUAUUUUAAUUAUAAUUAUGGCCAGUUUAUGACGUUUUGGGAUCGGGUUUGUGGGACUUACCUGCUGCCGCAUGACCGCGGGUUUAUUCACGAUACUGAUGGGAACGAGCAUGUCUUGAAGAAGGUUGAUUGA